GUUGUUGUGUCUAUUGUUGUGUGUUGUCAUGAGGACGGUCAUCAUGUGAUCAGCUGACUGGCUCAGUCUGUCCUCAGUUGGAUGUUUGUUCAGUUGCAGCAGCCUCAGCCUGGGUCCACGCAUCAUGGAGCGUAAACUGGAUCUGUCUCGUCUGACGGACGAAGAAGCCAAACAUGUGUGGGAGGUGAUUCAGCGAGACUUUAACCUCCGAAAGAACGAAGAGGAGAGACUCGGUAAUUUGAAGACUAAGAUCGAGAAGGAGGAUACGAAGAGAGAGCUGCUCGGCUCUCAGAGUCAGCUGUCCGACUCACUGUGCAUCCGCUGCCUGCAGCCCUUUAAGUUCCUGGUCAACAGUAAGCGUCAGUGUCUGGACUGCCGCAUGUACACCUGCAAGUCCUGCAGCCGCUACAACAAGAAGGAGCACGGCUGGGUGUGUGAUAACUGCCGCAUGACCAGGGUGGUGAAGAUCGGUACCGCCGGUUGGUACCACGACAACGUGAGGAACCGCUUCAAACGCUUCGGCAGUGCCAAGGUGAUGAGAUCACUCUACAAGAGGCUGAAUGGAGACGGUGGACGUGAUGACGACACUCAGAGCAUGCCGGACGUCCGCAGCCACGUGUAUAACGGUACUGAGGACGACCACGGAGAGGCCGAUGCUCAGCGCUACAAAGUGAUGAGGAAAAAUAAACGUCUGUUGUCCGUUCAUCCUCUUGACUUUGACCCCGAGGAGUAUUUCCCUCAUUCACGACGACCGUCUGUACAGCAGAUGGAGGAUCGAGGUUACAGGAACGAUGUAGACUACGACAUUUACAGCCACCGAGUGAACCGCAGGAAAAGUCUGGACCGAUACGCCAUGAGACCUGAUGACUAUGGAGACAGCAGAAUGGUCCGGACUCGCUCUCUGUCAAAGAUCAGCUCAUCGGUGGCUCGGCAGCAGUACGUCGACACCUCUGAUGAGGACGAUUACCCGAGAUACCCCCCCAUGUACCAGCAACCUCCCCACCGCCGCCGAAACAGCAGAGCCUCCUCCCAAGAGAACCUGGGACAAGCCCCGCCCAUGAACGAGCUGAACAAACGGAUGUUUGCCAUCGAGAGUCUGCUAAGCCGCCUGGAGGAGAAGAUGACGCCAGCCGACGAGACGUCGACUCCGUCGGGUCAGAACGAGGAAGAGAAGCUGAGGAGGAAGCUGAGCGAGCUGGCUGGGAACCUGAGCGAUAAGGGCCUGUCAUCAGAUGACGAGGCCGGAAAGAAGUCCUUCUCUGCGGGUAAAGGUCCGGCUGGGGUCAGGGGUGGCCCAGUGGUCACUCUGGACUCUCUAAAGGACAAAGAGCUAAGCUCAUCCAGCGACGAGAUGCCCACCGAGGCUCAGAAGAGAUCAACUGCUGCCGCCCUCUGUGACCUCACCACUGAGGUCCUGAGAACCAUUAAUGCCACAGAAAAUGCAAUGGUCGAGUACGGCCUCUCAGAGCCGGUCGACAGAUCCCACUUAGUAGGGACUGACGUUAAGCAAGCAGAUGAUGCUUUCAGGGAACUUGAGGAAAAUGUGUACAUCGCAGCUGGUCAGUCGUACGAGCUGGAGACUAAGCUGCGACGACUCGAGCAGAGUGCCAAAAAUCGUUUUGGUGGGACGACAGACUCCGAGCUGUCGGAGCUGGAGGACGUGGUGGCGCUGACCGCUGCCAGAGUCCAGAGUGCCGAGAGCGAGGUUUCUGAUAUCGAGAGUAAGAUUGCUGCUCUGAACGCUGCAGGAAAGAAGAAGGUUUCUGGAUCUCAUCAGAGGAAAAAAGACGUCAAGAAACUUUACUGAACUCAGAGACUCAUCAAUGACACACAGCUGACUUCACAUGUUCUUCACAUGUUCUUCAUAUGUUCUUCACAUGUUCUUCACAUGUUCUUCAU